GGCUCGGCGGCGGCGGCUCCUCGGCGGCGGUGGCGGCGACAUGGAGAGCGGGGCCUACGGCGCGGCCAAGGCCGGCGGCUCCUUCGACCUGCGGAGCUUCCUGACGAAGCCGCAGGUGGCGGCGCGCGCCCUGUGCAUGCUAUUCGCCUUGAUUGUGUUCUCCUGCAUCUUCGGGGAGGGAUACAUCAACACCCCAGAGUCUACCCAGCUGCACUGCGUGUUCAAUCAAAACGAGGACGCCUGCCGCUAUGGCUGUGCCAUCGGGGUGUUGGCCUUCCUGGCCUCGGCCUUCUUCUUUGUGGUCGAUAUCUACUUCCCCCAGAUCAGCAACGCCACUGACCGCAAAUACCUGGUCGUGGGCGACCUCCUCUUCUCAGCUCUCUGGACCUUCCUGUGGUUUGUGGGGUUUUGCUUCCUUACGAACCAGUGGUCAGCCACCGACCUUAAGCACGUGCCCGUGGGAGCAGACUCAGCCCGGGCCGCCAUCACCUUCAGCUUCUUCUCCGUCUUCUCCUGGGGUGUGCUGGCCUCCCUGGCCUACCAGCGCUACAAGGCCGGAGUGGAGGAUUUCAUCCAGAACUACGUGGACCCCACUCCAGACCCCAACACGGCCUACACCUCCUACCCCGGCGCGUCUGUGGACAACUACCAGCAGCCGCCCUUCACCCAGAACGCAGAGACCACCGAGGGCUACCAGCCGCCCCCUGUGUACUGAGCGGCCUAGGGGAGGGGCGCACAGGCCGCGCCUCACCGCUGCCCCUACCUGCCGAGGCCCACCAGCCGGACAGCACAGCCCCCCUGCAGCCCUCGCCCAAGUGCCUGUGCCAGGCGCCUGGUAGGAAAGGGCUCUAGCUAGACGUUUCCUCACUGCUGCUUUUGUGGUGCUGGGGUUGGGCCCAGAGCCUUGCGUCUGCUUCGUACGUACUGUCACCGAGCUGUGUCACUCUAGCACGCUCCCCACACCCCCCCCCCCCCGGAAUAGCCACGUGGGAAAGCCCCCUGCCGUAUGCGGCUUGCAGACCUGCCACCCUCCAGCCCCAGGGGCUGUGGGAACUGUUCAGUUGGAUUUUCUACCAAAGAUGGGGUCAGGGAUCCUCACGCCCAUCUCUUUGGGGUGCUGGGCUCCGGACCCCUCCUCCUCACUCAGGUUUGCUGCCCCAGCCCCGUGGUCCUCUCCACCCUCUGGCUGGGCCCUGCGCUCACUUGCUGUCCUCUGGGGUCACCACUGUGCCAGUUGUCCCCAGGCUGCCUUGACAGGCGUGGUGGCACUGGUGCCUACUCCCGGAGGCACCAGCCAGCACUUCCUCCCUGCCCCCACCCCCGGGGGCAGGAGGGGCUUUGCCUGAGGACACCCAGCUUUAUGUAAAUAUUCUGCAACAGUGUGGGAAGGCCGGAGCCCUGCACUGCUUGAAUGUAUUAGGCGUUGUGGGGGGGAGACAGCCCUCCAUUGUUAUACUGGUUCAGAGGUGAAUAAAUGGUGUUUUCAGUCA